CCCUACAAGCUCUUAUUAUAUCAAGGCAGUAGGGCUGGUGGUUGCGGAUACAAUCUGAGCUGAAGGAGAACGGCACUACUCACCAAUGCACUUGGCGAGAUUUCAUUCUCAAGCAUUCACAUACACAUGCAUAGGCUCGACCUGGCCACAUCAGGACAGCACCAGCAACAAUACAUUGUGCGAGAUCCCUGAUCAGUCUCUCCGAAGGUCGUCGAGCGAUGGAGGACAGAGUGCAUUUUGGCAAAACGCCCAGCUCUUACCGUCAACACGCCCCAAAGCGGGACUGGCACAAGAUCGCAUCGCCGGCAGAAUUGAGCAACCACCGUUGCACAUGACUUCUUUACGCCAAACAACACAUGCGAAACUUCACACUUAACGCAGUCGUAGACUCCUAGUAGUCACGAGCCGAAUGGUCGACGCGUCAUACCUGUUCGGGCAGCCUCCUCCAUGCAACCCCGCGAUAGCCUUGUCGCCCUGUGAAGCUUCAUGAUAUUCUCUUCAUCAACUAUUGCAGAGCUCGGUGGUCGUCCGUCCGACGUACGCCAUAGACCGAUGCUACACCCCGCCAGUCAAUGCAACUGCUGCUAUGGCAAAAGUUGCCAAAGAUGGACGUCUUCUCGCUGGCUAAGAUAAGAUAUCUGUAUUCCACACUCUGCCUUCCGUCUUAAUCAGUAUGCACUAUACAGAUUGACCAAUCAUGAUCAUCCU